AUUUCGUUCUUGAGUGUACCGUCAAACACGAACGCGCUACGGGAGUCGAGAGCGCCGGCAUAUCGUCUCAGUUGGCAGCAGAACGCACAGUGUGAAGCAACUACUCUACGCAGCCAUGGUCGAUAUUUCACAAGACGAACUCCGCAAGGAGAUCGCCGCCAUCCUCAAGGACGCCGACCUCAAAACUAUGUCAGCCAAAAAAGUGAGACAACUGAUCGAAGAGAAGCUCGACAUUGAUCUCACGGAAAGGAAGAAGGAAGUUGACGAUUUAGUUAUGGAACACUUACAAGAGAAGCAAGACAGCAAGAAAAAGACGAAGAAGGCUGCGAGCGAAGAGUCGGAGGAGGGCGAAGACGAGGAGGAAGAAGCAUCGGAAGAGGAGGAAGAGGAAGAGGAGAAGAAACCAGCGAAACGUGGAGCUCCGAAAAAGACUCCGCCAGCGAAACGCAACAAGAAGAAUUCUUCGGACGACGAGGAAAGCGCGAGCGACGAUGACGCGAGCGACGAAGAAUACAGCCCGAAAAAAGCGGCGAAAGCAACACCCAAAAAAGGCCCCGGCAAAAAGAAGGCGAAAAAGGGAAGCGACAGCGACAGCGAUGAGGAUUGGGGCAGCAAAGCUAAGAAAGCAGCGACAACGGGCAAGAAGGCCGGAGGAAAGGGCAAAGGUGGCGGUGGCUAUACGCGCGCUAUUACACUCUCCCCUGAACUCGCCGCUGUUGUUGGUGCCAAACAAAUGGCCCGACACGAGGUUGUCAAGAAAGUCUGGAGUAUCAUCAAAGAGAGGGAUCUCUAUGACCCGAAAAAUAAACAAUUUGCGAUCUGCGAUGACGAGCUGAUAAAGGUAUUCGGAAUAAAGCGCUUCAGGACUUUCGGUAUGAUGAAAUACCUCAAAGAUCACUUCGUAGACUAGAGAAAAUCAUUCGCGACCUCAACGACAUACCCCGAAAUUAUUUCACAAAGUUAUAACAUUAUUAUAACAUUAUUCCACGAUGCCGAGUGAGGGAGAGAGAGAGAGUGAGAGGAAACAGGAGAAGUGGGAGAGGGGGGGGGGGACACGAAGAAGGAAAGAUGAGGAAACGAAAAAGACGGGCAUCAUCUCUCAGUCUCUUUUGCGCGACAGACACUUCUUAAAUCAUUUGAAACAAAACAAAAAAUCUUGAGAGAGUAAGAACGCCGCAUAUGAAAAGAUCAAAAGAGAAGGAAGAAAAAGAGCUGCGAAUUUAGGUCAUCAUUGACGGAAGUUUCGUCGUGCGAUCGCUUCCCAAUGUCCCACAUUCGGUAUGUUUUUUUAGCGUCAUUUUUUUUGUUAAAACAAAAAUCUCGAGUGCGUUAAUCUCGCACGUCGAUAAGAAUUUUUUAACCAUUUUUCAAAAGAGUAAACCAAGAGUUGUGUAAAGAUAAAAAUCAGCGAAAGGAUAAAAGAAACGGGGAAUUGUACGAAAGAUAGUAAUUUUUUGUGCCAACGAGGAAUUUUCGGGGCGGGAAAAUGACAGACUAAUCAUUGUGCUCGCAAAUCGAACAAUCCCCAGGAAGGGCUCAUCACGGGCAGAGUCAUCCGGACUUGAAAAAGAGACCGAGAGAUAACGAAUUUUUUUUUCGUUUCGACUGUUUUCAUAUUUUAAUUUACCAUAACUAUCAUCGAUGACUUCUCGAGAAAGAGAUUUUUUUUAACGGGCAAAGUAUCGCGUGCUCUUGCGAUAUUUGGGAAAAACAAUCAUAAAACAGGGGGAAAAAUGUAGAGAAGGAAGAAAAACACGAUCAAUGAAACAAAGAGAAGAAGAGAGAGAGAGAGAGAGAGAGAAAACUACGAGGAAACUAAAAAAAAAUGCGAUAGUCACGAGACACGGAUAAUUGAAAGAAUUUAAUGUGAAAAAAAACAAACCAAAUCAUGGCGAAAUCAACAUCCUGUACCUCUUCUGUAUAAUAGUUACAUUAUACAAUGGAAAUUAAUGACUAAGCGAAGGAUUUAAUUGUAUUCACGUGUAAUUAAUAAUUAUCGUCGUAAAGUAGUUCUUUUUGGUGUAAAAAUUGACCUAAUGUUUAAGAUUUAAUGCUGAAAAGGUGAUUAUGAUGAUGAUAAUGAUGAUGAUGAUGAUGAGAUAAUGAUGAUGAUGAUGAUGAGAUAAUGAUGAUGAUGGAUGUGUAUUCAGUAUGGGAAGGUAAGACUGUAAGCGUAAAAUAAUUCAAGUUGAGAGAGGUGUGUGCGUGCAGCAGCUCUCCCGAAUUUCUCUGCGCCAGCUGCACAUUAUUACGGAGGAGUAGAAAGUAAAACGAUAAAAAGCAAAUAUGUAUGAAUACAUAUUCGUAUAUUUCGCACGAGUUUUCUCUCUCCCUCUCUUAAAAUAAAAAAAAAAACACGCUUCGAAGCAGCUCGAUUUUACGAUAUUUUCGAGCCUUUACGUGCGAAAUAUACAUGAAUAUGUAUUAAAAAUACGUAUAUAAAUACAUAUAAAACUACACACUUAUGUAUUUUGAUUAUAAAUUAAUGAAAUGCUGGCCUAAGUCUUGACGGCCAUCAGGAGAAAGGAGAAAAAAAUCCCACGAAACGUGAAAAACGUGAUCGUAUGCGAAAAAUACAACAGCGAAAUACGAAAAUCCCCAUGAAAUUGAAGAAAAUACAACAGCUGGCACAGACGGGAAUAGCGAAUUAUCGGAUUAUCGUAGCUAAGAACGAAGCAAAAAGAAGUAAUGAAAAAUCUGUGAAAAACAAUUAUUUUCUCUUCGUAAGAAAAAGGAAAAAACAAAACAAGCAAACAAACAUUAACGACAAACUAUUUCAUCAAAACAUACAGUGUUCCGUGAGUGUACUCGAAACGAAACGUGUUUUAUUAAACGGUACUGCUUUCAUUUUUUUUAAUCGUACGUGAGCGUUUAAAAAAAAGACAAAAGCAAUCGAAUA